AAGAAACAGCUUUUUAAUAGGGACCAGUGAAAAUCUGAAAUAAGUGAAAGUAAAUUAAGAAAUGAAGAUAAUUACAACAAAACAGAAAUAAUACCAAACACGUAUGUUUUCUAAACAACUUUUUAAUUAAAUAUUUUAAACGAAAACACCACUACACGUCAAUAACACUGUAAAAAGUUUAUAAUGUUCAUCUUAUUUAGUAAAAUAAUAAAUCAAUAAUAUUGAAACACAAACAAUCCACGAUAAAUAAAUAGUGAAAAGGUCGGGCUACGGGAUUCCAGAUGAUUUAUUAUUCUGCGGAACAGAAAUCGCGGCCGUGCGUCAGCGCGCGCACAUUGUUGUCAGCCUGAUGAAAGCCGGACAACGUGACGCGGGGGCGGAGUCAGCUCCGCGGAGCUGCGAGGGCGAGUGGGAGGAGCUCAGCCAUUCAGUAGAAGAGAGGAGAAGCUCCCUGACAGACAGAGGAGGAGGGCUCGGAGUUUGGAAAGCAGCGGGCCGCAUAUGUGCGCGUUCAGGCACAGGAUUUUUUUUAGACGAGCAUCUGGGAUUACUGCUUUUUUUUUUUUUUUUUUUUUUACAAAAAGCGCAAAGAUUCUUCGUGACUUUGCGGAUUGUUCCCGAGCUCUGAUGGUGUCCCCGGAUCAUGAAAGACACGCUCACCAUGAGGUUCGCCUGGAAAACUAAAAUGAGCUCCGUGCAGGACUGGGGGGAGGAAGUCGAGGAAGGAGCCGUCUACAACGUGACGCUGAAGAGGGUUCAGAUCCAGCAGGCGGCCAACAAGGGCGCGCGCUGGCUGGGGGCGGAGGGGGACCGCCUGCCUCCCGGCCACACGGUGAGCCAGCUGGAGACCUGCAAGAUCCGCAGCAUUCGCGCCGGCACCCUGGAGCGCCUGGUGGAGACGCUGCUGACGGCGUUCGGGGACAACGACCUCACCUACACCUCCAUAUUCCUGUCGACGUACCGGGCGUUCGCCGGCACGCAGACCGUCCUGCAGCUGCUGCUGGACAGAUACGGAAGCGUGGAGGAGAACGAGCACGCCGGAGGCCGGGGCUCCGAGACGAAUGGAGCCAUCAGAAAUGCGUUGGCGUCCAUCCUGCGCGCCUGGCUGGACCAGUGUCCCGAGGACUUCCAGGAGCCUCCGGGCUACCCCUGCCUCCACCGGCUGAUGCUCUACCUGCGCGAGGCCCUGCCCGGCUCCGAGGUGCUGAGGCGGGCUGAGGCUCUGCUGGAGCAGCUGCGGAGUCAGGCCGGCGCCGACGACGCCGACGUCGGCUUUCACGGCAACGGUUCCUUCUGCCUCGGCGAGGAGGAGGAGGUGGAGGUCGAGAUCCAGGAGGACUUCCUGUCUUUCGACGUGGACCUGGUGGCGGAGCAGCUGACCUACAUGGACGCGCUGCUGUUUAAAAAGGUGGUGCCCCACCACUGCCUGGGCUCCAUCUGGUCUCAGAGGGACAAGAAGCACAACAAGCACAGCGCCCCCACCAUCCGAGCCACCAUCACCCAGUUCAACGCCGUGGCUGCCUGCGUGGUCAGCACCGUGCUGAAGCACCGGCAGAUCCGGCCGCACGCCAGGGCGCGGCUCAUCCAGCGGUGGAUAGACAUCGCCCAGGAGUGUCGGAUACGGAAAAACUUCUCGUCUCUGCGAGCCAUCGUGUCGGCGCUGCAGUCCAACCCCCUGUACAGGCUGAAGAGGGUGUGGGCAUGCGUGCACAAAGACAGCAUGCAGACGUUUGAGGAGCUCUCCGACAUUUUCUCCGACCACAACAACUACCUGACCAGCAGAGAGCUGCUCAUGAGGGAAGGCACGUCCAAGUUCGCCAGUCUGGAGAGCUGCGCCAAGGAUCACCAGAAGCGCACGCACAAGAGGCUGCAGCUGCAGAAGGAGAUGGGAGCCAUGCAGGGCACCAUACCGUACCUGGGGACCUUCCUAACAGACCUGACCAUGCUGGACACAGCCCUGCCCGACCUGGUGGAGGGUGGCCUGAUCAACUUUGAAAAGCGACGCCGGGAGUUUGAGGUGAUUGCCCAGAUCAAGCUGCUCCAGUCCGCCUGUAACAGCUACUGCCUGACUCCGGACCCGGCUUUCCUCCGCUGGUUUAAGGGCCAGGCUCAGCUCAGCGAGGAGGAAAGCUACGCUUUGUCCUGUGAGAUUGAAGGUCUUGGCGACAGCAGUCCCACCUCCCCCAAACCUCGUAAAAGCAUGGUGAAGAGACUGAGCCUACUGUUUCUUGGAACAGAUAAUAGCGCAGCCAGUUCUCCAGUCAGAGAGACGCCGAGGUCGCCCCCUACUGGCAGCUCAGGGGAGAGCAUGGACUCGGUCAGCGUGUCCUCCAGUGACUCCAGUAGUCCAGACAGCGAGGGGCUCACCACCCCCACCCACACUAGAGACUCCCAGCAAAACAAGCUCUCGCAGUCGUCCUCCUGUAACUCGCUCCACUCCAUGGACACCAGCUCGUCCACAGCCAGUGUCUCUGGGGCCUCCACGUCUCCAUCCCUCCCCGGGCCUCCCUGCACCCACAGGCGCUGCAUCUCCCUCACUCCCAUGUCGCCCAGCUCCCCGAGUCAGACCCCCGUGUACAACAGCCAGGCCCAGGACACGUGUAUAAUCAGGGUCAGCCUGGAGCACGGCAACGGGAACCUCUACAAGAGCAUCCUGCUGACCAAUCAGGACAAGACUCCGGCUGUGAUUUCAAGAGCCAUGGCGAAACACAACCUGGAGGCGGAGCCAGAGGAGGGAUACGAGCUGGUCCAGGUCAUCUCUGAGGAGAGAGAGCUGGUCAUCCCCGACAACGCCAACGUCUUCUACGCCAUGAACACCUCGGCCAACUUCGACUUCCUGCUGCGGGUGCGCGGCUCGGCGGGCCGGCCCGUCCAGCUGCGGAGCCGCUGCGGCUCCACGCUGCCUCGCGCCCAGCACCGCUCCAGCCUGUCGCUCAGACUCAGCAAGGUCGCGCUGUGACCCCGGGCUGUCGCCACCCAGCGGCUUGCUCUCACGCCACUAACCAGAACCAGAGCCAGACGGGAACGGGACGAUUGAACCCAUCACUGGAAAUAAAAGAAGCAACACAUAGAAACAUGUUAUUUUGCCUUCCCCAGCCUUAAUAUGGACCAUGGAGCUUGACUGCUGUGCCAGUGUGACUUAACUUUGGACUCGACGCCUGUGACAGUGAAACAGUGCCCCCUAGUGGCCUCUCUUUACAAAGACAGGAUUUUGCACAUGUUAUAGGAGCAGCCGAACUCCUGACCUCCAGCAGUAUUCUGAUAUUGAACUGAACUCCUUUUGUUCUGUGAAGCCUUUGUAGUUGAAUAAUAACUUUUCUGGUAAUGGAAGAGUGAUCGAUGCAGGAACGGGAGGAGUGGACUGUUGCCUUCAACGGACUCUAGUAUUGACCAGCUGAUUGACAGGAAGUGUAAUGUUCCUUUUGCCCUGACUGGAUGCACCGUGUGUGUUCAGGUCUUCUCAUAUUGUGAGCUGUGUGACGAAUGCAGCUACGUGCAUUCUGAGUGGUUCCAGUACUUGGUUUUAACAAGUCCUCAACGACACGAGGUAACGUUGCCCCGCCCCUUUGUUUGGGGCUGUAGAGACUCCGCGUGUGCUGCUUUUUAAUGAAGAAUGAUGGCGGGAAAAAAAAGAGGCGCGUUGUUUUCCCAGAAGAAGAAAGCAUGACGCGCCUCGCACUGACUUCAACACAUAACUUAGUAUCCCUGUUUGUAACUGUUGCCUUUUUAUAUGCUUUUGUAACACAAUUCAGACCAGUUCAUGAUUUUAAAAGCAAACGUGAAGGAAUUGAGAGUCGUUAAAAUAAACAAACGUCGGGUCCACGCUCCGCUGAGGGACUCGUCCCUCCGUCGCUCACAGAAGCCGAGCGCCUCCUCACGCGGCAUCCGUUUGUCCGAUCGGUUCGCCGCUCCUUUCCGACACCACCGCGCUUUCACCGUAGCGUCGCUCGCACUUAUCGCCUUCCCGCGCGGGAGCAACACGUGGCUGCUCUGAGCGGGUCCCGCGGAGCCUCCGGCGCCGUGCUGCGGUGCGGCCCGUUAAUGAGCCUCGGGUCGUUUAACGCUGUCGGACCGAACGGUCCGCUCCAACCGAACGUUUGCCUUCACUUCACAGCGAUCUCAUCCACUCACCCUCGGUUCAUGUUCUUCGUUGCCAAAGACUCUUCUUCUACCUGAAUGAAUAAAUUAUUAUAAUGAC